CACUUCUCCUCUGCCUAUUGAAGUUAGUUGCUGUGUGAUUGUGAGAGUCAACGGGGAUCUCAGAAUUCGGAGCGAACCAAAACAAGUCUUUGAAGUCCGACACCGAGUUUUGUUUCUAGAUUCUGACAGUUGUCAAUACACAAGUUAGAAAGUGAGUCUAGCCGAAUUUAAACAGUGUGAAACAGCCAAGACACAUCAUCAACUUAUGAUAAGCCAUUUGUGCAUUCAUAUCAUCCUUGACAACCACAUGAACUGAAUCCAACGGUUGAACCCUGGCAAAAAACCAUCGAGCCCUGAAAAAGAAACGACUGCAUUGUGGUUGAUUGUGAAUUCAUGAAAUAGUUUAUGCUCUUUGACUCCGAAAGGAAGACAACGACACUUCAUCGAAAUGACUGGAACAAGUGUGUUGAAACAAUCUAAAACCAUCAUCCUGGCCACACCGAUGAAACUCGUUUAAGAGUCGUCGUGAUUUGAAGCCGAACAUUACACGCCAGUUUUGUGAGGAGUCUCUUUUUCGUGCCUUCAUUGACUCCCCCUCCUCAAUAGAUUACAUAAAACUCGCGCAAGACAGGAAUAGACAAAAAGAGAUCUCGUUUUUCACAAGGGAAAGUUUUGGUGAAAGUAGUUUUUUCACAAUUUUACCUGUGGCACUAGGGCUCAUUCAGCGUCCAUUGUACACCACAUACUGUAUGUAUGCGCUCCCCACGUCCACCACCGCAUGAAACAUACGUGCAUAAGUCCCUACCACUCCGGUCUGCGUGUUCCUCUUUCUCACAUGCCUAGGUACAUGGAUAAAAAACGCAACUAAGGACUGGUUUUCCAUGGCGAGCAUUGCCGCUUCCAUUACCGCUUCCACUGGUGCCCAUCUCCACGAUCAAGCCGCUACAAUGAAAGCAAGUUUCAGGUUCUGAGCGACCAAGCAGAGACACAACACAGAUUUUCAAGGGAUCCAUCCGACCACCCCGGCCAGUUGUGGGUGUGUACAAGAGGAGCGAGCUCGUGGCGACCUGACCUGACUACGUACUUGCUGGUCGGUCUUUGGAUAGUUUCUAAACUUUGGAGCAUCACUUUCAUUUCGAUCGCAGAGAAGAGCCUGGCGUUCGUUUUGCGCUCCAAUCCUUGGUGUCUUACAGAAGUGUAGAUAAAACGGUCGAGUCCGCGUUUGUCACCUUUGUGAGUGCGUGUGCUUGAGAGGGGAAACCAUUCUCAUUCUUCGGCUUGGUAACCUGAAUUUUUUCCCGAACUUGCACCAGACUUUCAAGUGAGUAAGGACCGAGCAAGUGAGUGAGUGAGUGACUGACUGAGUGAGCGAGAGAAGAGGAAGAAGAAAACCAGGCUAAACCGUCCCAAGUCCCAAGCCGGUUAGAUCAUUAUUCUCGUCGUCAUCAUCAACAACCAAACUACGCCAAGCGCCCGAUACAGGCCGUCAUUAUUAUUAUCUGCGUCUUCUUCGUCACCACAAUCACGUCUGUGAAGCUGGGAAAAAGAACUGCCGGGUUUCUAUUUUGCCUGAGCUUCUUCCUCACGCUCCUCACGAGCAUAAUCCGCUGGCACAUUAGCCACCAUCUGACAAUGUCUAGCCUUUGGUGAAGAAUUCACUUGGUGUUUGGUGUCCUGGGUGUAAAGAGUCCGAUUGGAAAAAAAUCUCUCUUUACUAUUGUAUAGUCGUUCUGCCUAUUUAUCUGUCUCUCUUUUUUCUGUCCUUUUCUGCCUGUUCCCUAGCGGCCUUUCUGCGGCCUUCUCUUCUUUUCCACUUCCACUUCUCUCCGCCCUCCCUUCGUCUGGUCGUUUUUCAUUCUUCAUUUCCCUCUUCUGUUUCAUGGAACACAUUGGAGCGAGAAAAGCCUAGUCAGGAGUCUUUGCAUCCGAUUUUGUGUCCACAUUCCUCUCUUUCAUUACCAUUAAGAAAGCUGAAGUUCCACCAGAGAACCACCAGUGUCGAGUUAUUACUAGUCAAACAGAAGAAACACGUCUAGUCAAGACCAUCAACCACUCAUUUGUGCCAUUAGUUUUUGAACCGUCACUACCUACUACACUAACGACAACCCCCCAAAUGAACGUUUGGAUGAGUGUAAGAAUUACUCAAGAGAGAAAACAGCAGUGUUCAACCAAGCCCAAGCAGUUUUGAAGUGUCAAACAACAGCAACAAAAACGGCAACAGUAACAAAGAUCCUGUGAUCUUGACAUCUUCAGCGCUUAUCCUCAACCAUGAUACCAGAGGGUCAUAUGACUUUGGACUCUAUUCUGGAGGGGAUCCUGGACGAUGAGCAUGUGUCCUCGGAUAAUAACAUCUCUAGCUCUCCUUCACCGGGAUCAGAUAAUUCGGGUCUUGGAUCUCCCGGUAGGAGUGGGUCUCGAACCAACAACUUCCCUGCUUCAACGACUCUCAUCCUUCGAUCUUCACCGGAGCGACUGGAUCAGUCGCCCAGCUCAUCUAGUCUUUCACCUCCAAGUACUGCUGACAUCACUCUGGAUCCAAUCUCAAAUAUCCCAUGCAUCUCAAUCAAAAGUGAAUUACCAGACUCGUGCACCAUGGACAUCAUGAUGGACUAUUCGGAGAGUCAAAGUUCACCCUUGUCAUCGGAUCAAAAUUCCCCCAAGGAGAUCAAACUCUUUGAGGGUGACAACAAUCUCGCUCUUCAGACUCAUUUGCGCCAAUUCUCGUCGCUGGAUGGCAGCACAACGGGGUCUACCCUGGUCCGCCCAAGUUCUCCGGAGAGUCCGGAUCAACAUCAUUGCUCUUCCACCACACAACCAAUCAUGGAUCGACACCAUCUUCUGUCAGCGGAUUCUAUAAAGGACGAAGACGGCCCCAAGAGGAUCUGCUUGGUAUGUGGGGAUGUAGCCUCUGGAUUUCAUUAUGGGGUCUCAUCUUGCGAGGCUUGCAAGGCCUUUUUUAAGCGCACCAUUCAAGGCAAUAUUGAAUACACAUGUCCAGCAUCCAGUGAUUGUGAGAUCAACAAGAGGCGGAGAAAGGCGUGCCAAGCUUGUCGCUUUCAGAAAUGUCUUCGCAUGGGCAUGUUGAAGGAAGGUGUUCGAUUAGACCGAGUCCGUGGAGGCCGACAAAAGUAUCGACGAAUGAUCGAAAGCCCCUACGGAGGUCUUCAUCCAGCCAGGAAACUCUCGUUAGAAGAAAACAAGCUUUUAAUUGCCUUAACCCGGUGCGAGCCCGAGCCUCUGUUAGCCUUGCCAGACCCCAAUUUGCCUGAUGAUCAGUACAAAACCCUCACCACUCUGUCGGAAUUCUACGACAGGGAAUUGGUGGGAACCAUCGGUUGGGCCAAACAAAUUCCGGGCUUUGGCGAUCUGAGUUUAUAUGAUCAGAUGCGACUACUCCAUUUCAGUUGGUCGGAAAUCCUCACGCUCACUUUGGUGUUUCGCUCUCUGCCACGGACGGGUCGACUUAAUUUUGCGGCAGAUUUCGCACUCACGGAAGCCCAAGCCAAUAACUGCGGCCUUCAAGACUUCUUCCACCAUUGCUCGCGAACGAUCGAACGGCUGGAACGCCUUGGAAUGAGGAAAGAAGAGUUCCUGAUCUUGAAGGCCAUCGUCAUUUGCAAUUGUGACGUUCGCGUGGAGGAACAAAGCGCACUUUGGAGACUCCGAGACAAUCUUUUAUCGGCCGCCUUGGCCGUACAGCAGUGGAGACUCCGAGACAAUCUUUUAUCGGCACUUUACGACUGCGUCGCUGUGAUAAGAUCUGGCAACCCAGCCAUCCACGUUCAGAACAUCCUUUUGCUAUUGCCGUCAAUCCGCCAAGCCGACGGAUUAGUCCGCCAAUUCUGGGGAAAAGUACAAGCAUCGGGGAAGCUCCAACUCAAUAAGCUUCUGGUGGAAAUGUUGGAGGCUCAAAGUAGCAAGUAGAAUAUGAUUUCUAGAGAGUCAACCAACUAUCCCAUCUACCCAACCUAUCUACCAACACAUCAACCGGACUGAAAAGUAGUAAAACCCUCUACUGGAGGAGUGGCAGCAGCCGUAAUAGUAAUAACAAUAAUCAUGAGAAUAACAAUGUUAAUAAUAAUAGUAACACCACCACCAACAACAACAACAAUGAUCAUCAUCAUCACCCCCAUGAUCCUCAACACCACAAGAAGACAGCUACGACGAUAUUCAAGCAUCAUUCAUUCUGAGUUGAGCAAGUUGUAGCAACAGAAAUCCGGGGUUCCAUCGCUUGGCUCAAGACUAGAGCCCUGAACUCUGAACUCGAUCCCUCCCAAGUGUUCAAAUUCAACCAUUCUUUAGUUAUCUUAGUCAGGUGUCAAUGUAUAAUGUAUAUGGAUAUUAAUUAUUGCUUCGCUCUGUGUUUCCAUGACUCGAAAGGAUGAAACUCCGGAACGUGUUUGGAUUUGAAUAUUGAAUGAAGUCAAUAACCGAAGGCACAGUCGUCAAAGAAACCAUACAACAAUAUUUUGAAUAUGAUUCCCCAGUUUCCUGUUUGAAUAUAAUUUUUAAAACACAAAAAACGAAGAUGCAAAAAAGACACUUUCUCGCCCCCCACCCCACUCCCCAAAAGUAUAAACUCACUCAUCCCUCUAUAAAGUGACCCUUCAAGUGAACGUGGGUUUCUUUACUAUUCGAUAGAUAGAUAGAUACUCCACGAUGAGUACAGAGCUUAAUAUGAAUAUGUGACAUCAAUUUGUGGGCACUUUCCACAGGAGAUGCCUCGUCAAACUCAAGGAGUUUUGCUUGCCGGGAAAGGAGCCCCCAUGGAAUUAUUAUGAUCAUUAUACUCUUUCUGAAAGAGAAACCCGUCCCCCUUUCCCACAAAUCACACAUCUUCCCCCCCACUCGUUCUAUUCGUUGUAAUCUCCUCAACAGACACACAAUUAUCUCCCAAUCAGACUUGUACAUCUUCCCUGCAAUCCAUCUAAUUGUUAGGAGGCUUUGGCGGAAAACAAUUUGUAUUUGGAAGGAUUCUCGGAAACAAAUUGAAAGUUUAGUGCGCGAGUUUCAAUCAAUUGUAUAACUUCGGUAUGAUGAUCAGUCAUGCAUCAUCACCGGUGACAACAAUAAAGAAUAUCUAUUGAAAGAGCA